GUACAGAACUGAAAAGUUUUUGGAAGGGAAAUUUUUGUUUUGUAACGAGACGUUGCAAUCCGCUAUUAAGGUGCUUGAUGAUGAACUGGUUAUAACACGGGAGCGACCAGAACUCUCCGUAGAGUAUAGAAGACGCCUUGCAAUCGGCCUGUUUUAUAAGGGUCUUCUUCGCCUCUGCCCGCUGGAUAUAGUAGGGCCGCGAUAUAAAUCAGGCGAGGUGACCGUACACGAUACUCGCCCUGUCAGUAGCGGCUGCCAAGUUAUAAGAACUGAUCCAACACUAUGGCCUCUCACCAAACCGAUACCUAAACUUGAAGCUCUGCUGCAAUGCUCCGGAGAGGCAGUGUACACGGACGACAUGCCGCCCAUAAAAAACGAGGUGUUCAUUUCAUUUGCGCUGAGCACCGCGCCUCUCGGACAUCUGGAUUUCAUUGAUCCCAGCAGGGCACUGAAAGAACCUGGAGUUACAGCGUUUUAUUCUGCAAAAGAUAUACCCGGAUUAAAUUCUUUCACACCUUUAGGAAAAAAGCUUUAUGUGGCGAACGAAGAAAUAUUUUGCAGUGGUGAAGUAAAAUAUUAUAACCAGGCAAUCGGUAUGAUCGUUGCCGAGACGCAACAAAUCGCAGAUCGAGCUGCGAAACUCGUAAUCGGACAUUACAGUAAAAUUAGAAAACCAAUUUUAGAUGUUAAAUUUGCUAAGAACGAUCCGAAAAGAGUAUCCCUUUACACAUCAAUAGAAGCAACCGACAGAGGACUAGAUGUAUAUAAAGUUAUACAUGGAUCGAUGACUAUAUACCAACAAUAUCACUUCUGCAUGGAAACACUUACGAGCAUCUCAAUACCAGUGGAGGAUGGACUGGAGGUGCACGCGGCGACGCAGUACACAGAGGCCAUACAGGUCAUGACGUCGCGCGCCUUGAACAUUGACCAAGCUAAGGUGGAUGUGCAUGUCCGUCGUGUAGGAGGAGCGUACGGCUAUAAAAUAUCUCGAGCAAUCCAAGGCGCUGUGGCGGCCAGUCUCGCAGCGUAUCUGUUGAACCGUCCAUGUCGCUAUAUACAACCCCUGACAACAAAUACCCGAGCUGUCGGAAAACGACUGCCGUGUACUACGGAAUAUGAGGUCGGUGUAAACGCUGAAGGUGUUAUUCAGUACAUAAACUGUGACUUAUACACGGACAACGGCUAUAUAGUAAACGAAACUCUUAUUAUGAUCGGCAUCCCGAUCUAUAAUAAUUGCUACAAAAAGACGAAGUGGAAUUAUAAGUUUUAUAACACUAUUACGGAUACUGCAUCUAACUCGUGGUUCCGUUCACCAGGUACAUUGGAAAUAAUUGCAAACGCCGAAUUUAUAUUGGAAAAAAUAGCAUAUGAAAUGUCAUUAGAUCCGGUGCAGGUGCGACUAGCUAAUCUAGAUAACGAUAACAGAGACGCUAUUGUUGAAAUGUGGGAAAAUAUAAGAGCAAAAUCUCAAUAUGACGAGAGACGGGCGCACGUGCAGAAAUUCAAUGCACAAAACAGAUGGUUAAAGCGCGGACUUAGGGUCAGUUUCAUGAGAUGGUCGUCGGAGAAUCCUCAAUUUAUCUCCGCAAACUUAUCGAUAUUUUACGAAGACGGGAGUGUUGCUAUUACCCACGGUGGGGUUGAAAUAGGACAGGGUAUAGAUACUAAAGCUGCUCAAAUAUGUGCCUAUUUUCUAAAAAUACCGCUGAGUAAAAUUCAAGUGAAACAGCAAAUCACUUUUAUUUCACCAAACGUAGGAGAAACGGGAGGCAGUGUCACAUCCCUUAAUAUCGGCCUAGCCGUUCAAAAAUGCUGCGAGGAAAUAUUGCGUAGAUUGGAACCGGUGAGAAAGACUUUAGGUAAUCCUACGUGGGAGGAACUCGUUGAAGCGGCGUUUUUGAAUAAUAUUGAUUUACAAGCACGAGGGACCGUCAAUCCAGCGGAGUCGUUCCCGUAUGAUAUUUAUGGUGUUAUUGUGACUGAAGUUGAAACUGACAUAAUAACUGGACAAACUGAAAUAAAACGAGUGGAUCUUAUAGAAGAUGUAGGUCAAAGUGUUAGCCCGAUUAUAGAUGUAGGCCAGAUCGAAGGAGCCUUCAUAAUGGGUCUCGGAUAUUGGACGUGUGAAAAAAUGGAAUAUGAACCGAAAACCGGGGAGGUGCUCUCUGAUCGCACAUGGAAUUAUUGGGUGCCACAAGCUAGAGAUAUACCUCAAGACUUUCGGGUGUACUUCAGGGAGAAGUCACGUAAUUACGAAAUAUAUCUUGGAGCCAAGGCAACUGGAGAACCAGCCACGAGCCUCGCGGUGGCGGUGCCAUUCGCAAUGAGAGAGGCUAUCGCUUCAGCGAGACAAGACUCCGGAAUACCCACUACUCAAUGGUUUCAAAUUGAUGGUCCGUACACCACCGAACAGAUUUGCUUAGCAGCGGCUACGAAGUUUGAGGACUUUAAGUAUUACUAAUAAGAAG